AUGUCGGUCUUACUUGAGACGAGCGCCGGCGACAUAGUAAUCGACCUGUUGGUUGAUUACGCGCCGAAGGAAUGCGAGAAUUUCCUUAAGCUCUGCAAAGUCAAAUACUACAACUUUUCACCUGUUCAUUCAAUCCAACAAAACUUCUCUUUCCAAACCGGCGACCCUCUCGGUCCUACCUCUGCUUCCUCCGAUGGCGGUUCCUCCAUAUGGGGCCUCAUAUCUGGACCUUCCAAGAAGACUUUCCCUGCUACUUUUCACCCCAAGCUGAGGCACCUCGAAAGGGGUACCGUUUCUAUGGCCACCGCUCCGCACCCUUCUGAUCCCGAUGUUCGUCUCGCUGGAAGCCAAUUCGUAGUCACCUUGGGUGACAACACAGAUUACCUGGAUGGAAAAUCCGCUAUAUUUGGUAAAGUUGUCGAGGGGUUCGAUGCGCUGGAGAAAAUCAACACUGCGAUCACCGACAAAGAUGGACACCCGCUCGUCGAUAUUCGGAUAAAACACACCAUUAUCCUUGACGACCCAUAUGAUGAUCCGUCAGGGCUACGAGAGCCUAGCCAGUCGCCCCAGCCAUCUAAGGCGCAGCUCGCCACAGUUCGAAUCGGCGAGGAUGAUAACCUGGACGAAGAGGUAGAUGAGGAAGCAGCCGAGAAGACCCGGCGAGAGAGGGAGGCCCGCGCCCAGGCUUUAACCUUAGAAAUGAUGGGCGAUCUCCCCUUUGCCGAAGUCAAGCCUCCCGAGAACGUGCUUUUCGUCUGCAAACUCAAUCCCGUCACUACCGAUGCCGACCUCGAACUUAUCUUCAGCCGCUUUGGCAAGAUCUUGUCUUGCGAAGUGAUAAGAGAUAAGAAGACCGGCGAUAGUUUACAGUAUGCCUUCAUCGAGUUCGAGGACAAGGCUGCCUGCGAGGGUGCUUAUUUCAAGAUGCAGGGGGUACUCAUCGAUGACCGAAGGAUACACGUUGACUUUAGUCAGAGUGUGAGCAAGUUAGCCGAGGUAUGGAGAGGCGGAGAAAAUGCGAAACGAAAACGCAGGCACGGCGGCGGCGGAUGGGGUGGUGUCAAGGAAUUGGAGAAGUGGAGGAAAUACAGGGAAGAGGAUGACCCUGAUGACGCCGAGGACCGUUACAAUAUGGUUCACGGGGAGGAGGAGCUACGCGGUCGUUACGGAAAACAGAGAGAUGACAGAGAUCAAGAUAACAGGUCUAAUCGAGACUCCGAUCGUUUCAGGGAUGCGGACAGAGAUAGGGAUCGCGAUGGUAACGAUCGAGGCCGACGUCGAGAUGGUGGUUCCGGACGCGGCAGAGACAGGGCCCCACAACGGCGAAGUAGAAGUCCAAUGCGGGACGGACCUCGUGAUAGAAACCAGUACGAUGAUUCUCGAUGGGAUGAUCGCCCCAAGCCUCGAGAUGACCGUCGUCGAAGAGAUCAAGGUAGAGAUUACGAUAGAGACCGACCGCGCGGCGACAAUCGACGAAGAUAG